ACAACAAUGAACGUAGCAAAAAGUGGCUAUCGUGUUUUCUCGGCAAACUCCUCAGUUGCAUGCACAGAGCUGGCGAAAAAGAUAACGGAGCGACUUGGAGUUGAGCUGGGAAAGUCUGUUGUCUUUCAAGAGUCCAAUAGUGAGACGAGAGUUGAUGUAAAAGAGUCUGUACGUGGGCAAACCAUCUUCAUCAUCCAGACCAUACCAAGAGAUGUAAACACUGCAAUCAUGGAGCUGCUGGUCAUGGCCUAUGCCCUUAAGACCUCAUGCGCAAAGAACAUCAUUGGCGUUAUUCCAUACUUCCCUUACAGCAAACAGUGCAAAAUGAGGAAGAGGGGCUCCAUAGUAUGCAAACUGUUAGCGUCUAUGUUGGCUAAAGCAGGACUAGCACACAUCAUCACCAUGGAUUUGCAUCAGAAAGAGAUCCAGGGUUUCUUUUCUUUUCCCGUGGACAAUUUGCGGGCCUCCCCAUUCCUGAUCCAGUAUAUCCAAGAGGAGAUUCCGGAUUACAGGAACGCCAUCAUUGUGGCCAAAUCCCCAGCAGCAGCUAAGAGAGCUCAGUCCUAUGCAGAGCGCUUGCGCUUGGGUCUGGCAGUGAUUCAUGGUGAGGCUCAGUGUUCUGAGUCCGACAUGGCUGACGGAAGGCAUUCACCGCCGUCCGUGCGCAACACCACAGGACACACAGGAUUAGAGCUUCCUUUAAUGAUGGCCAAGGAGAAACCUCCCAUUACUGUUGUUGGGGACGUAGGGGGAAGAAUUGCCAUCAUCGUGGAUGAUAUCAUUGAUGAUGUAGGAGAUUUUGUGGCAGCCGCUGAGAUCCUGAAAGAAAGAGGUGCUUAUAAAAUUUACAUCAUGGCAACACAUGGAUUACUGUCAGCUGAUGCCCCACGUCUCAUAGAAGAGUCAGCCAUUGAUGAGGUGGUGGUGACCAACACAGUCCCACAUGAAGUGCAGAAGCUUCAAUGUCCAAAAAUCAAAACUGUGGACGUCAGUAUGAUCUUGGCAGAGGCCAUUCGGCGUAUCCACAAUGGAGAAUCCAUGGCCUACUUGUUCCGCAACAUUGCAGUGGACGACUAG